UUGACUGUCGCUUACUUUUUCUGCCUUUUUUAUAACAAAUCGAAAUUCUGCCUAAAUAAUAUGCCCGCUUUAUUGGUGAAAAUUUGCAGUUAAACAAAUUUGUUGCAGAAAUCGAAGGAUCACAGAUCUGCUGCCAUGGAUCAGUUGUCGAUCAAACAGAAGGUCUUAAUUCGUCGUUCGGACGGCAGAGUCCACUUGGCGGAGAUUAUCAAACUGGAGGGCGGUAGCAUCAACCUGGUUACGGUGGAAUGGCCUGAAGGACAUACGGUGCGUGGUAAGGAUCUGCCCCUGGAGCUGGUGAUCCUGUUGAAUCCCCAGAUCUUCGAUCCGCCCCGCUGCAGUGGCAAUGCCACAUCAACCAAUCAAACUGCCUCAAUACCGCCACGUUCCAUGAAACAACGCAUGGCGGCUGGCAGUUUGUCACCUGGAUUGGCCACGGCCACGCCCCGCCAGCUGACGCCUUCGGUUCGAGAGGACGAUGUGGUGAACCAGGCUGACAGGAUGCGAAAGGAACGGGAACGGAGGCGUGAAGUGCAGUUCAGGACGCGUCAAGAGCGGGAGCAGGUGAAGCGCCAAGAUGCGGGAAAUGCCAACUGGGAGAUAGCCAAAAUGAUACGAGUGCAACGUGUGCAACUGGAGAAUCAACUGUCAAAUGGCAAAACUGCAAGCGAUCGAUUCAAGGGGCACCAAAUUGUGGUUUGUGUGAGGAAGAGGCCACUGCGCCGCAAGGAGCUGACUGAUCGGGAACUGGAUGUGGUCAGCGUUCUGUCCAAGGACACGUUGGUGGUCCACGAGCCCCGAAAGCAUGUGAACCUGGUCAAGUUCCUGGAGAACCAUAGCUUUCGUUUCGAUUACGUCUUCAACGAAGAUUGCUCAAACGCCACGGUAUACGAGUUCACAGCCCGUCCCUUGAUAAAGCACAUUUUUGAUGGCGGAAUGGCCACGUGUUUCGCCUACGGACAAACCGGAAGCGGCAAGACCCAUACGAUGGGUGGCAAGUUCCCCGGAAGUCAGCAGAGCUCAAUAGAUGGCAUCUAUGGGAUGGCCGCCAGGGAUGUAUUCGCCACUCUGAAGACGGCUCCCUAUAACAGCCGGAAGUUAAGCGUAUCCUGCAGCUUCUUCGAGAUCUACGGCACCCGGGUAUACGAUCUCCUGAUGCCUGGCAAGCCGCAAUUACGCGUCCUGGAAGAUGGCAACCAGCAGGUGCAAGUGAUGGGCCUAACGCAGAAUCCAGUAAAGAACACCGGCGAUGUUCUUGAACUACUCGAGAUGGGCAAUAGUGUUCGUACCUCGGGCCAUACCUCAGCCAAUUCCAAGUCCUCCCGAUCGCAUGCGGUAUUCCAAAUCGUGCUGAGAUCCGAGACGAAAGACCAGCUACACGGGAAAUUCUCGUUAAUAGAUCUGGCCGGGAAUGAAAGAGGAGCGGAUAACAGCUCGGCGGAUCGGGUGACGCGCCUGGAAGGAUCCGAGAUCAACAAGUCGCUGCUGGUCCUCAAGGAGUGCAUUCGCGCUCUGGGUCGCCAAUCGAGUCACUUGCCCUUCCGUGGCUCCAAGUUGACCCAAGUGCUGCGCGACUCCUUUAUUGGUGGCAAGAAGGUGAAAACCUGCAUGAUAGCCAUGAUCUCGCCGGGCUUGCAUUCGGUGGAGCAUACCUUGAAUACCCUACGUUAUGCGGAUCGGGUGAAGGAAUUGAGUGUGGAGUCGAUGGCUCCCAAACGGAAUCAGGAUCCCAACCUGGAAAGCACCUCAAUGCCAGAUAUCAUCAGCCAGUCAUCCAGCCAGCGACCCUUUCCAUCUGCCUCCUCCUCAUCGCUGCCAGGUGCGGCAAACCAAGCGCAGAAAGACAUUAAUGCCACGAAUGACUUAAACGGAGCCCAGAAACGAGAAUCCAUGCCCACUUCUCCCACAUCCGGACAGCAGCUGAUCCAAAGAAAGGGGCGCUCCGCACAGGAAGUUUCCAUGAUGCUGGCCAAAUCCUUGGCGCGAUUCCGAGGGCGCAACUUUCCCUAAAACUCAUGACUCAAAUCCCUAAUCGAUUUCUACAGCAAGUUAUUCAAAUUAAAAAGUUUGUCAAAAUUAUUUGUUAUCUAAAUAAAUGGUAUAUGAUUGCAAAAA